AAUUGCCGCUGGUUACAAGUCAUCUAAGGUAGGAGCUUUUUGUCUGAUAUUACUGUGGGUGCCUUGCGUUGGAUAAGUUCUAAAAUGGCGAGAGAAAUGAAAGUGAACGGGAUGAUUCAGGAUGAUGUUCCUGAUGGAGAAGAAGCUGUAAUAACUAUAGAAGAUCCCAGGGCCGCCAGAGAAAAUAAAAAUUCUAAGAAAAAAGAAAAGGCCAAAAUGGUUGGUGCAUUCACCAUGUUUCGAUACUCUGGGCCUGCAGACUGGCUGCUGAUGCUGAUUGGAACGAUGGCCGCCAUCAUCCAUGGAGCAUGCAUGCCUCUCAUAACCGUUGUCUUUGGGGAAAUGACAAACAGUUUUGUUUCAGAACACAAAUAUUCAGGCAACAUAACAGUAGGAGAUGAGAAAAACAUGACCAACUCUCUUCUGGAGCAAAUGACCACGUUUGCCUAUUAUUACACAGGCCUGGGAUGCGCUGCCUUGUUCGCCGGCUACAUUCAGAUUUCUUUCUGGACCUUGAACGCUGGCCGACAGGUCAGAAGAAUCCGACAGAAUUUCUUCCAUGCGGUGCUGAGGCAGGAGAUCGGCUGGUUUGAUGUCAAUGCUGCAGGAGAGCUGAACACCAGGCUGACCGAUGGGAUUUCCAAAAUAAGUGAAGGCAUCGGUGAGAAGAUCGCUAUGUUUUUCCAGUACGCAGCUACUUUCCUGGGAGGGUUUGCUGUUGGCUUUUAUAGAAGCUGGAAGCUGACGUUGGUCAUUUUGGCCAUCAGUCCUCUUUUGGUGCUCUCCGCUGCUCUGUGGUCAAAGAUAUUGGCAGCAUUCACCACUCAGGAGCUGAAAGCUUACGCCAAAGCAGGAGCAGUGGCUGAGGAGGUUCUAGCUGCCAUGAGGACUGUCAUUGCCUUUGGAGGACAACACAAAGCAAGUGAAAGAUAUGAAAAGAAUUUGGAACAUGCCAAGAGCAUAGGAAUCAAAAAGACCAUCACAACAAAUGUUUCCUUUGGGUUUGCAUUCUUCUCACUAUACUCCUCCUAUGCGCUAGCAUUCUGGUACGGGACCACGCUGGUCCUCCAUGAAGGCUUUUCUGUUGGAGAAAUAUUAACAGUAUUAUAUGCUGUCACUAUGGCUGCCUUCAGUUUUGGACACGCCGCCCCCAAUAUAGAAGCUUUCGCCACCGCAAGAGGUGCAGCAUAUUCGAUCUUUAGUGUCAUUGACAGUGAACCAAGCAUUGACAGUUUUUCAACAUCAGGGUUUAAACCAGACAAGAUAAAAGGAGACAUUGAAUUCCAAAAUGUAAAGUUUACUUAUCCAUCCAGACCUGACAUCCAGGUUUUAAAGGGGUUAAAUCUUAAGAUCAAUAGUGGACAAUCCGUGGCCCUUGUAGGAAGCAGCGGUUGUGGUAAAAGCACAACUGUCCAACUAUUUCUGAGAUUCUACGACCCCGAGGAAGGAACGAUCAAGAUUGAUGGCCAUGAUAUCCGGAAACUCAAUAUCCGAUAUUUAAGAGAGCUGAUCGGCGUGGUGAGCCAAGAACCAGUUCUGUUUGACACGACAAUCGCUGAAAAUAUCCGUUAUGGCAGAGAAGACGUCACAAUGGAGGAAAUCGAACAAGCCACCAAGGAAUCCAACGCAUACAACUUUAUCAUGAGUUUUCCGGAUAAAUUUUAUACUCUUGUGGGAGAGAGAGGAACUCAGCUCAGCGGAGGUCAGAAGCAGAGAAUCGCCAUUGCCAGGGCCCUGGUUCGCAACCCUAAAAUUCUUCUCCUUGAUGAAGCCACAUCUGCCCUGGACACGGAGAGCGAAGCUGUUGUUCAGGCAGCUCUGGAUAAGGCUAGAGAAGGCCGCACCACCAUUAUAGUUGCCCAUCGCUUAUCCACAAUCAAAAGUGUGGAUACAAUUGCUGGAUUUGACAAUGGAGUCAUUGCUGAGCGGGGAAGUCACGAAGAACUUAUGAAAAAAGAAGGGAUCUAUCACAAGCUGGUCACAAUGCAGACUGUGAAUGCCAAGGAUGAUAAUGAAGAGCAAGAAAAGAGGGAAAAUAUAGACACCAGCACCAAGCUAGUAAGGAGACAAUCAAGCCGAAAAAGCAUCAAGAAUUCUGCAGAACAGGACAAAGACUUGGAUGUGAAGAAUAAAGAAGUGGUGGGAAAUAAUGAAGAUCCGCCUCCUGUUUCAUUUUUCAAGAUCCUGAAGCUAAACAGAUCCGAGUGGCCGUACUUUGUGGUGGGAAUUAUCUGCGCGACAAUAAAUGGUGGAACCCGACCUGCUUUUGCCAUUAUAUUUUCCAGGAUCAUUGGGGUAUUUGCCGGAGAGGCCGAUGAGAUCAGGGUGAGGAGUAACACGUUUUCACUGCUGUUUUUGGGACUCGGACUGGUUGCUUUUUUUUCCUUCUUCCUUCAGGGUUUCACAUUCGGAAAAGCUGGGGAGAUUCUAACAAAGAGGCUCAGGCUUCUGGCCUUCAAAGCCAUGUUGAGACAGGAAAUUGGCUGGUUUGACCACCCUAAGAACAGUACGGGAGCAUUAAGCACAAGGCUAGCUACUGAGGCGUCACAGAUACAAGGGGCAACAGGAGCCCAGUUGGCGAUGUUCUGUCAGAACAUUGCAAAUAUAGUGACGGCUAUUAUUAUAUCCUUUAUCUAUGGAUGGCAGAUGACUCUCCUCCUCUUGAUAAUAAUACCGCUCCUGGCUUUAUCCUCCAUCAUCCGGAUGAAGAUGUUCACUGGACAUGCAAAAAAGGACAAAGCUGACUUGGAAAUAGCCGGCAAAGUGGCCAUUGAUGCCGUUGAGAACAUUCGUACUGUAGUUUCCUUAACCAGAGAAAAGAAAUUUGAGACUCUUUAUGAAGAAAAACUGGAAGGACCCUACAGGAACUCUAUCAAGAAUGCGCAUACACAAGGCUUCUCCUAUGGACUCUCUCAGGCCAUCUUCUUUUUUGCAUAUGCUGGAAGUUUCCAGUUCGGGGCAUUUUUAGUGGCAGAAGGAUCCAUGACAUUUGAUAAUGUGUUUCUGGUCUUCGCAGCCAUUGUAUUUGGUGCCAUGGCAUUGGGACAAACCAGUUCUUUUGCUCCAGACUAUGCAAAAGCUAAAGUUUCAGCAGCUCAUAUAUUCAAUCUACUGGAGAGGACUCCUCUUAUAGACAGCUACAGCGCUGCCGGUCACAAACCAUCAAGCUGUGAUGGGAAUAUCAUGUUUAAGGGAGUUCAUUUCAAUUAUCCGACCAGACCAGAUGUGACGGUGCUUCAAGGACUGGACAUCAGCGUGAGCAAGGGAGAGACCCUGGCACUGGUGGGCAGCAGCGGGUGUGGGAAAAGUACCACAGUCCAGCUUCUGGAGAGAUUCUAUGACCCGUUUGAUGGAGAAGUGAGUGUGGACGGCUCUGACGUGAAGGCUGUGAACAUCCAGUGGCUCCGGGCACAGAUGGGCAUUGUAUCCCAGGAGCCCAUGCUGUUUGACUGCAGUAUAGCUGACAAUAUCGCCUAUGGAGAUAACAGCCGGGUGGUGCCGUUUGAAGAGAUUGAAAGAGCGGCCAAGACGGCCAAUAUCCAGAGCUUCAUUGAAUCGCUUCCUGAGAAAUAUAACACCCGUGUCGGAGAUAAGGGGACGCAGCUCUCCGGGGGUCAGAAGCAGAGAAUCGCCAUAGCCCGAGCGCUGGUCCGUCAACCCAAAAUCCUGUUACUGGAUGAGGCCACAUCUGCUCUGGAUACAGAGAGUGAGAAGGUUGUACAAGAAGCUCUGGACAAAGCCCGGGAAGGCCGCACAUGUAUCGUCAUCGCCCACCGGCUGUCCACCAUUCAGAACGCAGAUAAAAUCGCCGUCAUCCAGAAUGGGAAAGUGGUAGAACAGGGGACACAUCAGCAGCUCCUGCAGAUGAAGGGGGCGUAUCAUUCACUGGUCACAAUAAAGCUGGGACCCACAUGACAAGAGACCAGAUGUCGCAUCUCCAGAGAAGCCAUGAUUUUCUCCUAGAACUGGUCCUAACAAGCCAGGCUUGAAAGGUGGCGUAGUCUAAAGUUGGGGUCCCAGGCUUCAAAUGGAAGGCUGCAGAUGUUUAUUCUCGCACCCUAUUGAGAGGUUUGGGAGCAAAUCAUAAUGCUGGCCAAGUGCAACACAACAUGAAAGAAAAAAAAAAAAAAAGAGAAAAAUUAUAUAUAUAUAUUUAUUAGGGAUCGACCGAUUAUCAGUUUGGCCGAUAUUAUCGUCCGAUAAUCACGAUUUUGGACAUUAUCGGUAUCAGCAAUUACCUUGCCGAUAUGCCCCGCCCCCGGCCAGAGACGACCGUCGCUGCCCAUUGCCUCCCCCCAUCCUCUGUCCACAUACCGCUGCCCCAUUGCCUCCCCCAUCCUCUGCCCACAUACCGCCGCCCCAUCGCCUACCCCAUCCCCGGUGUUAUAAUUACCUGUUCUCGUGGUCCACGAUCCUUCUGGCUCCUGCGCUGUUGCUGUGCGCUGCGCAAUGACGAGUGAUGUCCCCAACGCGACGUCACCGUCAGUGCGCACAGUGACAUCGUAGGACGCCGACAGAGCCAGAAGGAUCACGGACCCCGGGAACAGGUAAUUAUAACACCGGGGAUGGGGAGAGGCGAUGGGGCGGCGGCAGUAUGUGGGCAGAGGAGGGGGGGAGGAGGUGAUGGGGCAGCUGUGGUGGUUGGACUCCCACAGCAGCGGGACAGGCAGGGGGAGAAAAGCGGGCAGUGGCGGCGGCGGUCUCUCGCCCCCCAAAAGCCGCUGCAGUUCAUUGAUUUAAAGCACCCGCUUUAAAUCAUUGAUCUGCAACAGCUUCUGCCCCGCCGGGGGGGGGUUUGAAUUAGCCGAUAACUUAGACCGAUAUUCCGGUAUAAGUUAUCAGCUGGAAAGGUGACAGAUUAUCGGUAUCGGCCCUAAAAAAAUCGAUAUCGGUCGAUCCCUAAUAUAUAUAUGUAUACAGUGGUCCCUCAACAUACGAUGGUAAUCCGUUCCAAAUGGACCAUCGUUUGUUGAAACCAUCGUAUGUUGAGGGUCCGUGCAAUGUAAAGUAUAGGACAGUGGUCUACAACCUGCGGACCUCCAGAUGUUGCAAAACUACAACUGUCCGGGCAUUCUGGGAGUUGUAGUUUUGCAACAUAUGGAGGUCCGCAUGUUGAAGACCACUGAUAUUGAGGUUAUACUCACCUGACCCGGCCGCUCCGGACCGUCACCGCUGCCCUGGAUGUCGCCCUCCAUCGCUGUCGCCACGUCCCCGGGGUGUCCCUGAUGCUCCGGCAAGGCCUCUGCUUCCCCAGCAUCCUCACUCUCCGUCGCCGCCAUCACGUCGCUACGCACGCCGCUCCUAUUGGAUGACGGGACGGCGUGCGCAGCGAAGUGAUGACGAUAGAGAGCGCCGACUAUGCAGGGAAUCAUGAAGAGGACGUGCCGGAGCCCCGAGGACAGGUAAGUGAUCUUCAGUGAACCACACGGGGCACCGUAAACGGCUAUCCGGUGGCAGCUGUCGGGGCCAUCAUAGGUCGGGGGGGGUCACUGUACACACAUGUAUAGUCCGCAGAAGAAGCUGGAUGUUCGGCUGGGAAUAAAAGGCUCCUGCUGGAGCGAAGUGGGUUCCUAGGUGGCCGGAUCCAUAAAAAGUUUCUAGCGACUUUACACCUGGGUGAAUAUAUGUUUGUACCAUUGUGAAUUUUUUGGGAUAAAAGUGCAAACAGAAAAGGCAAUCUCAUUGUUACUUGUUCUUUUGUGUGAAUAACUAUAGGGGAGAUUUAUCAAAACCUGUCCAGAGGAAAA